AUGGCCAGAGGUUGUGAUUCCAGCAAUCCCCAAUUAGAUUCUUCCACCUUUCACAAUCCGCAAGCUGGUCAAGUUGCAAUGAGCGACGAAAUUCAUAACCCCUUCUUCCUCCACAGUAAUGAUCAUCCUGGAUUAAUCCUGGCCACCCACGUCUUGAAUGGAAACAACUACAACACUUGGGAGCGUGCAAUGCGGAUUGCGUUGAACACGAAGAACAAGCUGGGCUUCAUAGAUGGCUCGGUGCCGCAACCCGACAGUACAGACUCCAUGGUGAUUUCAUGGCUUCUUAAUGCAGUCGCGAAGGACAUCGCGGAUAGUCUGUUUUACCUUGAAAAUGCUCAAGCUAUUUGGUCCGAUUUACAGCGUAGAUUUCAACAAAGCAAUGCACCAAAAAUAUUCCAAUUGAAGAAAUCCAUGAACACUUUCACGCAAGGCUCCCUCACGGUGAAUGCAUACUAUACCAUAAUGAAGACUAUGUGGGAUGAACUAAAAACCUAUCAGCCCGCACCCGUAUGCCAUUGUGGUGGAAUGAGGGCUUGGAAAGAUUACUAG